GCUGAGCUGUAACUGACCUGUGCUGACACCAGGACGCUCUGCACGGCGCACACACUCUCAACUGUGGAUACGUUUCUAUCCUGGAGCUGAAAAAACCUGACUCCUCUCCACUUUGGACUCUUUGGAUUCUUAUUUCACAGUUUUUUUAUUCUUCUUUGAGGUUUUUACUUUGUUGUUAGUCUGCUGUAUUCAGGAUGCUGAGCCCUGUUACUUUGCAGCACAUCAUUUCCUCCCUGUUUGUGCUCUGCAGCGCUGCAGUGAUGGCAGAGGGAGAGUGCCCAGCAGAGUGCUCCUGCGCCCCCUCACCCCUGCAGUGUCCGCCAGGUGUCAGCUGGGUGACAGAUCACUGUGGCUGCUGUAGAGUUUGUGCAAGGCAGUUCAAUGAGGACUGCAGCGCCUCUGAACCCUGCGACCACAUCAAGGGGCUAGGCUGCCACCUGGGGGCCGGAGGAGACCCAGAGAGAGGGCUGUGUCGAGCUGAUGCUCAGGGGUUACCCUGCGAGUUUAAUGGACGGGUGUACCAGCACGGUGAGGACUUCCAGCCCGACUGCCACCACCAGUGCACCUGCAUGGACCGAGUGGUGGGCUGCAUGCCCCUCUGCCCAAAUCAAGUCCCCCUCCCCGACUGGCGCUGCUCCUGGCCCAGGUUGGUGAGGCCAGAGGGCGGCUGUUGUGAGGAGUGGGUGUGUGACGACGACAACCACAUCAGUGAGGAGCCAGACGAGCUGACACACACCUCCCUGCCAGACAGACAGCCGCUCCACAACCACAUCAGUCCCCUGCUGGAGGCCCAGCCCCAUCCCCGACACCCAGCUUCCACCGGAGGGGCCACAUUCAGAGAGAUCGAGUCGUUCCCCAUGCCUGAGGUGUUCCUGAAGUCCGGCUGUGUCCCGCAGACCGCAGAGUGGACCCAGUGCUCCACCACAUGUGGGAUGGGCAUCUCCAGUCGAGUGACCAAUGACAACCCAGAGUGUCUGCUGGUCAGAGAAACCAGACUGUGUCAGAUCAGGCUCUGUGAGAUGCAGCUUCCUGUACCCAACAAGAAGGGGAAGAAAUGUCAGAGAACCAUCCGCCCCGAGGAGCCGGUCAGAAUCACCUUCGCCGGAUGUUCGACAGCCGAGCGUUACCGCCCUCGUUCCUGUGGGACUUGCUCUGACGACCGCUGCUGCACACCCUCCGUCACCCGCACCGUGAGGCUCCGCUUCUACUGCGCCGACGGAGAGGGCUUCUACAGAGACGUCAUGUGGAUCCAGCGCUGCAGCUGCAGUACGAGCUGUCACAAUCAGGUGCUUCGUGGGUCCUCCAUCUACUAUGCCAAUCUCCACAACGACAUCCACACCUUCAGGCACUGAGGAGGACUCAUCAUGCCCUGCAUGGGCCUCUCAAGACUCUGCACCUUCCCCCUCACCUGAACCCCCCACCUUUCUGUCUGUCAGCUUGAUGAGCUCCUGCUAAAAACCCUCCAGGACCAGACAAUAGGUUUGCUUGCACUUUAAGCUUUCUGUCACGAUGACGUCACAGUCUGUUGGCAGCACUGAGGACGACACGCUGUCAGCAGAAAGCUUUCACAGAAACUUUUUUUAUUUAUUUCUAACUUUGAAGAGAUGGUUUGUGAAACAGAGCGAUGGUUGUUUAAACCAGUAACAGAGAACAUUAAUGAAAAGUGAUGAAGACGAUGGAGAAACUGACUGACCGAGGAAGAACUAGCAGACAUAUUCAUUUGUGAUUAUUACGACUGUUUGUUCUUAAACACCAUAAAAUGUUUCCUACACAUGUAGUGAUUGUGAAAUGUGUGUGUGUGUGCCCUCGUGUGUGUGUAUGAGACUGAUUCUGCUCCUACAGUUUAUAGGUUAAAGUGUAUAUAGACUUCACUCUUAGUCGUGGAGUGGUAAAUUCUAGGAUCACCUCAUUUUUCGGGGUGUGAUUUAUAUUAUUUGUUGUGUUUGUGUCCUUCAUAGUGUACAUACAAUGCUUUAUUUUUAGGGAUGAAAUGAUGCUUUUUAUAUUAAAGUCAUGUUACACGUGUUCAUUGGAUUUUUCAUCUAUUUACUCCUGUACGUUGAAUAAAAACUUUAAUGUCA